GGGUAGCCACAUGACCAGUUGUCUUGAACGCCCCUCGGUCAGAGUUGGUGAAAGAAAACUGUGCAAGGCAUUUGUUUCGGUUGUGAAUCGCGGCGAGCAUUACAAGCAGGCGACUGACAACAUAAAACAUCAGUGCAAUGCUGCUUUUCAGACGCUGCCACAGCCUGACUCGAUUCGGCCCUCUCAACACUCAAAGGCAUCAAGUGGCACCUGCUGUGGCGUCCUGUGCAGUUCGUCUCUGGAGCAGCAGCAGUGAGGACCAGAGAUGGUACCAGCGUGCCCAUAGGCCCAGCUGGAGACAUGCACUGGCAGGACUGCUGGCUGGUACCGGAGCUGUACUGGUUUAUGGACUCCACCACCACAAGGCUGAGCAGGAAGACACCAUUACAGUUCAAACCUUAGAGAAGACGUCAGCUCUUCCCAUCUUCAGCCAGGAAGAGGUCACUAGUCACCGCUCUCUGGAAGAUGGCGUGUGGGUCACCUACAAAGGUGGCGUCUAUGACAUCACUGAGUUUGUGGCCAUGCACCCUGGUGGGGAUAAAAUCUUGCUGGCAGCAGGUGGAGCCCUUGAACCCUUCUGGGCGCUGUAUGCUGUACACAACCAGGAGCAUGUGCUGGAAAUGCUCUCAGAGUAUAAGGUUGGUGAGCUGAGGGCAGAAGACCUGAAGAAGCAGCAGGCCGUUCAGACAUUGGACCCCUACUCCUCUGACCCAGAGCGUCACCCCGUCCUGUUCGUCAACAACCUCAAGCCCUUCAAUGCUGAGCCGCCUCCUGAACUCCUCUCUGACAGCUUCAUCACCCCCUCUGCUAUCUUCUUCAAGAGAAACCACCUGCCAGUUCCUCGGGUGGACCCGGCUUCAUAUCAGCUGCACGUAGAGGGACUACCUGGAGUGCUGACGCUGUCUUUGGAAGACUUAAAGACUCGAUUCCCCAAACACACUGUCACCGCCACGCUGCAGUGUGCCGGUAACCGCCGCUCUGAGAUGAAUCGGGUCAAGCAGGUGAAAGGACUGAACUGGGGCAUUGCUGCGAUCAGUAAUGCUACAUGGGGCGGUGCGAGGCUCAGGGAUGUGCUGCUGGCUGCUGGCUACGGGCCCGACGUGGCCCAGCGGGCUUUCCACGUUCAGUUUGAAGGACUGGACAAAGACGUAACCGGGACUACCUACGGUGCCUCCAUCCCUCUAAACAAGGCAGUUAGCGAGGAAGGUGAUGUGUUGCUGGCUUAUGAAAUGAAUGGCGAGGAUCUCCCUGCUGACCACGGCUACCCCGUCCGCGUUGUGGUGCCAGGCACGGUGGGUGCACGCAAUGUGAAAUGGCUGGGGAAGAUCAUUGUGAGUGCGGAAGAAAGCAGCAGCCACUGGCAGCAGAAUGACUACAAGGGUUUCUCCCCCGGGACGGACUGGGACACCGUGGACUUCAAGUCUGCUCCGGCCAUCCAAGAGCUGCCCAUUCAGUCAGCCAUUACCACGCCUGCGGACGGUGCUGUGGUCAAUCGCGGUUUGGAAGAGGUGACGGUGAAGGGUUACGCCUGGAGUGGCGGAGGCAGAGAGGUGGUACGCGUAGAUGUUUCUACGGAUGGAGGAAAGACGUGGCAGGUGGCCCAGCUGAGGAGCAGUGAGAAGGGACAAGCACCUGAACCCUCUCCCCCACCGGGACGAGCCUGGGCCUGGAAGCUGUGGGAGCUAACUGUGCCUCUUCCUCCCGAGGCUCAGGAGUUGGAGAUAGUUUGCAAGGCGGUUGACAGCAGUUACAACAUGCAGCCGGACACAGUUCCUCCCAUCUGGAAUCUGAGGGGCGUGCUGAGUAACGCCUGGCACAGAGUGAAGGUGAACAUCCGAGAGGAUUAGAGCGAGGAAUAAACUCAGUGGUUUGAUCCACAUUCACAAUUCAAAAGGUUUUGGGCCUGAAGCCGAGUUAUCAGAGAGUAGAUGUUGUUUAAAAUCUGUCACUGAGACUAAGCAGAAAAUACAGCAGGAUUUGAAGCAAUCAUGUUGCCUGUGAGAUUUGAGAUAUCUAGAACAAAGCUAAAGGCUGUAAAUAACCAAAAUACGUCCAGUUUUUAUCUUGUGAUGAUUCACCUACACUACAUGUGAGCCUGUUAAUUCUAGAAAAGAAAAAAAUAUAUUAUUAAUAUAUAUAUUAUAUAUUUUUGUAAUCGGGAUUGACAAUCCUAAUGCUGAAGAUGUGCACAUUAUAUUAAAAUUGUUGAAUUAUUUGUGAUUAACAUGCAUCAUAAUUAAAAACCCUAAUUUUAAGUCAUAUGAAAUCUAAUUGCUAUGUAGAAGUAAUGUAAAGUAUAUUUAAUUAACAGUAGUAUUUUCUUUACUGUUAGAAUAUAAUUGUAUGCACCCACUGACCUCAACAGAGAGGUUUCUAACUCCAUAUUAACUUACAGUGUGCAUAUCUACAGUAUGGUUAACUUUUCAAUUCCCCUUUUGUAUAAACUAAAAAACUGCACCGGACAUUUUUUUCAUCUUCACCUGUGUUUGUUGUUUGCUCACUGUGAACUCUGGGAAGUGCCACUUCAGGGAAAUAGUUCAAAGCCCCACAGUAUAAAUUAGGUUACAUACAAGAUGACAUCACUUUCACAUGUUGGUGAUAGAUUUGGUUGUUUUGAAAGCUGAAGUUUUCUUUGCUAAAAUUCAGUAGCUGUCAGCAUCAGAUCAGGAUGCAGUUGUUGACUCAUCUGAAAUCCUAAAAAUAAAAAGAAAGCUGUAACAGUUCUUACCAUAUUUUAUAAUAUACGCAAAUCUUCUCCUUGCUGCUGCUGCUUCCUAAAAGUGGUAACAGAGGAAACAGGAUACAAAGUGACUCCGACAGCCUUCUGAAAAAAAUGUUGUCUGGCAGGAAGGUGAACAGGGCCAAGGAGUCCAGGGGAAGACAGGAUAAUGUAAAAGAUUAGGUGUCAGGGCAAACAAUAAUUAGAGAUAUAAAAGAAUGCAAUACAAUUUUGAUGAAAUAUACAGUAUAUAGUCUAAUUAACCUGAGUAGUCCAAAACUACGCUUAAAUUAUCCUGUAUUCAAGUCACAAUCCAUAAUUUGUGUGAUUUCUUAAUGAACGUAUGAACUGGGAGUCAUGAUGUUGUCACGAUGAGUGGCCUUGGCCUUUUGUCCUGAAUAGGAUUAAACGAUGCUCUUGGCACGUUGUUUUUUUUAUAUAAAAAAAACCGAUAUGUUCCGGGAUUUCAAUGCUGUGGGACUCAUUUGUUUAUGAGUAUCCCGGGGCUGCUGACCUAUCGGGGAAGUUGGUUUGGCAAUCAUGUUUGUCAUAAACUUUUCAUUCUGAUGUGUCUGAGUCAUAAAUGACUAAAAUUGCGGUAAGCUGUAUUGCGGCGAACGGAUAAAGAAAACACGUGUAUGUGGUUCUGCAGUCAACGCAGACUGUGAGAAUGUUUGUGUUCUGUUGGUUCCAGACUCCUGAGUCCUGAUGCUGCUACGUGUGCAGUGGAGUGAAACAUGCACUACUCACAAUGUCUUAGGAGAAAUGACAGAAAGCGGAAGGAAAGCAGAGUCAGAUAAAUGUCCACUCACUUUAGUAGAAGAUGAGACAUUACACAUUUGUGGUAUCAAACUGGAUCAUUUGGACCAAAUGUUGUACAGUCUCUGCUCACCCUUUGUUGGAUCAAACAUAUACAGUAUUAUGCUGCUGUGUGAUGUUCUGGAUAUACAGACAGCUAGUUUAGGUGUCAAAAGCAGACUUCUUCAUAAAAGCCUAUACUCUACUUUCA